GCUUCACUGUUCAUCUUCAUUCUUAAUCAAACCCAAACACUUUGUAUUUUCUCUUUCUCCUUCUCCUAGCGCAUUCAGCUCUUAACAGCAAGAGACUGAGGUUGCAUUGAGCUUUUUUCCUUCUUUUUUUUUUUUUUUGUGAAAUGGAUUUGUGAUAAAUAAGAGUUUCCCUUUGAUAUCAUCCAUUUCAAUGCAAUCCUGAGAUAGUGAAGAGAUGGGAUGUUCUCAAUCAAGGUUGGAUGAUGAAGAGGCAGUUAAGCUUUGCAAAGACAGAAAGCGGUUCAUCAAACAGGCAGUUGAGCAAAGAACUCAAUUUGCUACUGGACAUGUAGCAUACAUUCAGUCUCUGAAAAGGGUUUCAACCGCACUUCGUGAUUACUUUGAAGGAGAUGAACCAUGCGAGAUGUCAUUAGAUUCAUUCAUAAGCCCACCUUUCACACCUGUGAACAAAACUAGCACUACCUUCAUUCCCAUAUCAUCAAAAUCCUUCUCCCCGACAACAAUUGAGUUUGGUCCCAGAACAACUUUGAAGGUGAAUUACCUAAGGCCAGGUGGUAAUCCAGCAAUUUCAGUUGAGGAAAGGCCUCAAUCGCCUGAAAUGGUUCGGGUUGAAACUUAUUCUCCCAUGCACCAGUUUGGCAUUGAUGGUUUUUUCCCCAUGCAAUCCUCACCUAUGAAUCCUUCAGUUUUUGCUUACUCUCCCAAUAACAGGCCUAAUAUCCCUCCACCUUCACCUCAAUCUUCCCAAUGGGAAUCAUUUUGGAACCCAUUUUCAUCAUUGGACUAUUAUGGUUACCCCAGAAGAAACCCUGGAAUGGAUGAUGAGAUCAGAGAAAUGAUGCAGGUCCGAGAAGAAGAAGGAAUACCGGACCUGGAAGAAGAUGAAACUGAACAAGAAGGUUUUGUUGUGAAGAGAAAUGUAGCAGAAGAAAGAGCCAAAAUUGAUGUCAACCCUGCCAAAGAAGAAGUCACGGUUGAAGAUGUUGAUGAACAUAAGGAGGAGGAGGAGGAAGAGGAGGGAAAAGAUGCUGGAACUGGAACUGCUGAUGAUGUCACAAACUCGCAAGCCAAUGGCAGUGAAUGUUUUCAAGUAUCUAAAGCUCAAACUGCAGGUCAGGAAAUGGCUACUGGUAAUCAAGAAGCUAAGGAGGAAACACCUGGUUUUACUGUUUAUGUAGACAGAAGACCCACAAGCAUGUCUGAAGUGAUCAGGGGUCUUGAAGCUCAAUUCACAAUAAUCUGCAAUGCAGCCAGUGAUGUCUCAGCAUUGUUAGAGGCCAAGAAAACUCAGUAUUUAUCAACUUCUAACGAACUAUCAGCAUCAAAAUUGUUGAACCCAGUAGCGCUGUUUCGCGCAGCUUCUUCACGCUCAACCUCAUCAAGAUUUUUAAUGAAUUCUUCAGGAACUAUGGAUGAGGUUUGCGAAAUCACCGAUGAUCCACUAGAGGAACAUUGCUUGUUUUCUGUUAGUCAUCAGUCAACAUUAGACAGGUUAUAUGCAUGGGAGAAGAAGCUCUUUGAGGAAGUCAAGUCUGGAGAACGUGUUCGUAUUGCAUAUGAGAAGAAAUGUCAGCAACUCAGGAAUCAUGAUAUAAAUGGAGAGGAACCCUCUUCUGUUGAUAAAACAAGAGCAGCCAUUAGAGAUCUACAUACCCAGAUAACAGUUUCAAUACACUCAGUUGAAGCUAUUUCCAGAAGAAUUGAAACUCUAAGAGAUGAAGAGUUGCAUCCCCAGCUACUUGAAUUGGUGCAAGGGCUUGCCAAGAUGUGGAAAGUGAUGGCAGAAUGCCAUCAGACACAGAAGAGAACGUUAGAGGAAGCUAAGAUUCUUCUAGUUGACACUGAUGCCAGAAAACAAUGUGCCACAUCACUAACUGAUCCGCAAAGGCUUGCUCGUUCAGCCUCCAAUCUUGAAACUGAAUUGAGGCAUUGGCGAAACACUUUUGAGGCAUGGAUCACUUCUCAAAGAUCCUACAUUCAUGCUCUAACUGGCUGGCUUCUAAGAUGUGUGAGAUGUGAGCCUGAUCCAUCAAAGCUAGCAUGUUCUCCCCGAAGGUCUAGUGGCAUUCAUCCGUUGUUUGGACUUUGUGUUCAGUUGUCAAGGCGUCUAGAUGCUCUCGAAGAAACAUCAGUGCUUGAAGGCAUAGAUUUUUUUGCAGCUGGCAUGGGGUCCCUCUAUGAACAACAGUUAAGAGAAGAGAAUCGGCGAAAUCCGGUUGGAUCAAAAGAACAUAGUGAGAAUAUGGAAAUGGUAGAAAUUGAUCAGGUUGAAGAGGUAAUGAAUACUGAGAAAUUGGUUGAAGUUGCUGUUAAGGUGCUUUGUGCUGGUAUGUCAACUGCUAUGAGCUCAAUGGCAGAGUUUGCUGUUGACUAUGCUGAGGGAUAUAAUGAACUUGUUAAGAAAUGGGACAAUGUGAACUUGCAGCAGAUUUCUUGUGGAACUGAAACAUAGAUAUUGUAGAUGGCUUACAUUUUUUGGUUCAUUUAUUUAGUUUAGUGUGACAGUGAAUGAAAUUUAUUUAAGGGUAGUUUUAGAUGAAGGAAAAUUAAGGGGAGGGAAAGAUUUUGUGCCAAUCUCUCACCCUGUUUGAUAAUUUUUAUAACGAGGGAGGGAAAUGAAAGUAAUACUCCAUAUCAA